CAGUUAGUCGCUGGCUUCAAUCCCGACCGUUUUGUGUCUUCUCUUUUUGUCGGUGGUGUGACUUCGGUAUUGUACCUUUGGUAAAUAUUCGUUACUUUUGCUCUGCUGCUGCUGUGCCGGGAAACUACAUACACUGUCAGUUACUGCUUUAUGAAGACAAGACACAUUUUAAAGCUUACUGUACUAUACUAUUUUCUUUAUAAUUUUGUUUAAAUAAAACAAAGCACAGGCUUGCUUGCACCUUUAGUUCUCUACAACUACAAACACCAGCAAACAACAAAUAUAUCUAAAAAAUAAAAAGAGCCUCGCUGGUUUCAUGACCCCAAAGUUGCGACUCUGACAUUAUAUUGUUGGUGCCUGGUUUGUAUGUGCUGCAGUAAGCAUUUUAUCUUAAAUCGGUUCAGAUGUGGGUCCAAGCAAAGUGAAUCAGCCAAAAGUUUUUUUUGUUUUUAUUUUUGUUAUUGUGAUUAGAUAAUUAAUUUUUUUUUUUGUAAAUGAAUUAAAAAAAUUAGUCACAUAAUUUCGAAGUUUCCCAUAUGAAUACGUUAAUACAAUUUUUGUUUCGUUGUUAAAAAAAAACUGUUUCGAAUAUCCUAAAUAUUAAGGAUUUGAACGGUUAAGUGAAAAGUGGAUCGUUUUUAUAAUUUUGUCUUUUAUUUAAAAAGCCACCGCACCGCACCGUUAAAUUUUAUUCGGAGACCGGAAUGAUAAGGCAUCGUUCUGAAAUGCUGCUGUUACUUUUAUGGUGCAGCAUUGCUUACGUUUCCUCCCUUACAACACCAGAAGAUCUUUUAAAAAAUGCACACAACGCCCUUCGUGCGGAAAAAUUAGGUGCCACAAUAAAAUGCCUGAGCAAGGACGAAUUUGAUGUAUGCCCUCCAAGUAAAUUCCGCCAAGCAGAUGGCGAAUGCAAUAAUAUUGUGCACCGCAAUUGGGGUGCUCGUGGUGAUAUAUUUUUAAGAUUAUUAGAACCAGAUUAUGCCGAUGGUAUAAGCCAACCUCGUUCUUCUCAAAGAAGCAAAACGCUUCCAAAUGCCGAACCUAUAAUAGAAACUUUACAAAAUCACAUUGAACCUGAGCUAAGACAUCCACACAUCACUGCCAUGUUACCGGCUUGGGGUCAACUGCUUUCCGAUGACCUAGUCGAGUUUACCGAACUGCCAUCAACUUACAAUUGUUGUGACAAAACAACCGAAGAAUUAAAUUCGGAACAAUUUAAAAAUUGCUUUGUCAAUACGGGUGCUGAUUGUAAGGAGUAUCAGAGAUCAACACCUGGAUAUGAUAUCCAAACAUGUACCAAAAAUAAACGCCAACAGAUGAAUACAGCUUCUUCCUAUAUUGACGGUUCUACAUUGUACGGAAGAACUACACAAGAAAUGCAAGCCUUGAGAACAUUUAGCCAAGGAGGAGUUAAUAUUGAACUGUGCAAAAGAUGCCAAGCUUCCGGUGCUACUGGUGCUCUUCAUCGUGCUCUGUUGCAGGAACACAACUAUAUUGCCAAAGAAUUGUCUCGUUUAAAUCCAACGUGGUCAGAAGAUACAACUUUCUUGGAAGCUCGAAGAGUUAUUAUUGGACAAAUUCAACACAUAACUUACAAUGAAUUCUUGCCAUUGGUAUUGGGUCAAGAGAACACAGCCAAGGUUGACCUUAAAUUGACUCCAGAGAAGUAUUUCACUAACUACUCCAGUAGCAAUCGUGGUGGAAUUUAUAAUGAAUUUGCGACAAGUGCAAUUCCAGCCUUCCUCACCAUGUAUCCUCCAGAAAUGAUAAGUACGUCGAUGUCAGCCACUUCUUUGUUAAACAUUGCAGCCCUACAAAAGUCACUAAUACCGCCUAGGGUCACAUCUGAUGGUUGGAGUGAACUCGCAUUGGCAAUACAUCGAGGACGCGACCAUGGAAUUCCCUCAUACAGAAACGCAUUGGAUUUAUGUGAAAAACGUUUUGCCGUAAAUGAUGUUUCAAAUAUAACAUUUGAAACCUUAUCAUCGGUUUCGAACAUUCCUGAGGAACAUAUAACCAUGCUAAGGGAUAUCUAUGAAAACGCUGAAGACAUUGAUUUGCUAGUUGGAGGUCUUUUGGAAAAUCCUGCUGUGGGUUCACUAUUUGGGCCAACUAUUACUUGCUUGUUGACACGGCAAUUCGCUCAAUUGAAAACAACCGAUCGAUUUUGGUAUGAAAACGAGAUUCCUCCAUCAUCGUUUACUCUUGACCAGCUGAAGGCUAUUCGUCAGACAACUUUGUCUGGACUUUUGUGUUCGACUAAGCAAGUUGAUAAAGCACAACCAAAGGCUUUUAUCCGCGAAGAUAGCUUUUUAAAUACUCUUCUUGCUUGUGAUCAACUUCCAAAACUUGACCUGCGUGCCUGGAAAGCUGAUCCAAAUGAGGAAGAUGUGAAGGAACGCAUUGAGGAUACACCUGAAGUUAAGGAAGUCAUCCGGGAAAUCAGCCCAGAGUUAUUAGAAGCUGCUGUUGAAAGAGCAAAGGACGAACUUUAUGCGAGAAAACGUUUUGAAUAUGACUCCUGGUUAUCACAGGGUGGAAUCGAUGCUAAGUCACCAGACGGAGUGGCAGCAUCAUUCAGCAAGGCAAAUAGAGCAGCUCUACUUCAAGCCAACAGUUCUCUCAUGCUUGAGCUUACAUCUAAUGAAAUUUUGAAUACUUUAAACCAAAUAACGCGUCGUAAACGUCAAGUUUUCGACGGUAGCAUUAAUGCGUUUAAUCGCAACGAAUUAACCGAAACUCUCCAAACCAUCGAUAUCAGUUCAUUCCUUUCGGGAAAUGUGAAUUCACGUCAGCAUGUUGAACAGCAAUGCGAUGAUCCUCCACUUCCCUGCGAUGGCAACACACCUUUCCGUACUUUUACUGGAUAUUGUAACAACUUGCGCAAUCCCAACUGGGGCAAAUCGUUAUCGACAUUUUCACGUCUGCUGCCUGCUCAGUAUGAAGAUGGUGUAUCAAAGCCAAGAAUAUCUUCCGUAACCGGAGCACCACUGCCAAAUCCGCGAACCAUUUCGACUCUUAUUCAUCCUGAUAUUUCGAACUUGCACACUCGCUACUCACUGAUGGUCAUGCAGUUCGCUCAGUUUGUCGAUCACGAUUUGACUCUUACUCCAAUUCACAAAGGUUUCCAUGAGUCAAUUCCAAGUUGCCGUCGUUGCGAUUCCCCACAAACUGUUCAUCCAGAGUGUAAUCCAUUCCCAGUACCAGCCGGCGACUACUUUUAUCCAGAAGUCAAUGUAACCAGUGGAGAACGUCUCUGUUUCCCUUCGAUGAGAUCACUGCCAGGACAACUUACAUUAGGUCCACGUGACCAAAUGAACCAAAACACACAUUUCUUGGACUCUUCUAUGAUCUAUGGAGAAAAUAACUGCAUUGCAAACAAACUUCGUGGAUUUUCGGGACGUUUGAAUUCAACGGUUCAUCCAAUCCGUGGAAAAGAACUCCUUCCACAGACCAACUCACAUCCGGAAUGUAAAUCUCGCAGUCGCUUGUGCUUCAUUGGAGGAGAUGAUCGUGCUUCCGAACAGCCUGGUCUCACUGCAAUUCAUACAAUAUUUUUAAGGGAACAUAACCGAAUUGUAGAGGGAUUACGUGGAGUAAAUCCUCAUUGGACAGGCGAUCAGUUGUAUCAUCAUACAAGACGUAUUGUCGGUGCUCAAUUCCAACACAUUGUAUUUAAUGAGUUCUUGCCACGUAUUUUAAGUUGGAACGCUGUGAAUCUCUAUGGACUGAAGCUCUUACCACAGGGUUACUAUAAGGACUACAAUCCAUCGUGCAGUCCAAUUGUGUUUAAUGAAUUUGCCGCUGCUGCAUUCCGUAUUGGUCACUCGCUUUUGAGACCACAUAUUCCACGUUUGAGUGUUAAUCAUCAACCCGUCGAUCCACCUCUAUUAUUGCGUGAUGGUUUCUUUAAGAUGGAUGUUAUGUUGCAGCCAGGAAUAGUUGACGAAAUUAGUAGAGGGUUAGUGGCUACCCCAAUGGAAACAUUGGACCAGUUUAUUACCGGCGAAGUGACCAAUCACUUGUUCGAGGAUAGAAAAAUUCCAUUCUCUGGAAUCGAUUUGAUUUCCCUAAAUGUUCAACGAGCACGUGAUCAUGGUAUUCCAUCCUACAAUAACUAUCGAGCAUUAUGUAAUCUCAAGCGGGCCAACACUUGGUCAGACUUAAGUCGUGAAAUUCCACCGGAAGUCAUCAAUCGUUUCAAGAAAAUUUACGCAUCCGUUGAUGACAUCGAUUUAUUCCCUGGUUCAAUGACAGAAAGACCACUGCAAGGUGGAUUGGUGGGACCGACACUAGCCUGUAUAAUUGGUAUUCAAUUUAGACAGCUCAGGAAGUGUGAUCGUUUUUGGUAUGAAAAUGAUAAUCCUGAAGUUAAAUUCUCCGAAGCUCAAUUAGCUGAAAUCCGAAAGGCAACACUCGCCAAAGUUAUUUGUGAAAAUUUGGAAAUUCCCGGAGACAUGCAGCGAGCUGCUCUGGAUUUGCCAAGUAAUUUCUUGAACCCACGUGUCCCAUGUCAGUCUAUGCCACAAAUCGACUUGAGUGCUUGGCGAGAGAACAUUCAAGGCUGUCAAAUAGGUAAUCGUCAGGUGCAGGUUGGAGAAUCAGCAUUCCCAUCACCAUGUACAAGCUGCGUCUGUUCCGCCGAUGGGCCUCAGUGUGCCUCUUUGAGGAUAACAGAUUGUGGACAACUUAUUCGCCAGUGGCCACGCGAGUCUAUUCUACGUGAUGAAGUUUGUAACUCCCAGUGUGGUAUAUAUUUGCGUGGAAAUUCUUUUCCAGGUAAUGUUCCACCAGUAAACCAACCACAACAGCGUGUUCAAAGAUCAAGGUCUCAAAAUCUAUUCAAAUUCCCUGAUCUCACACCGUUUGUUACUUCAUAAAAUAUAAAAUCUACAAAAAGACAAUUUGAAUUUAUUGUUUUGAGAUGACGGAAGUUUGAAUUAAAUUUUUAGUUUUUAGUUAACCUAAUUGUAAAUAUUCUUGGUCGUAUAAAUGUAUUAUGUAUGUUAAAUGUUGGAAGGAACAUACUUUAGGAACUGCGCUUUAUAUAACUUUGAAAAUAAAAUAAACAUAAAAAUAACUUAUUUAUAAUAA